UUUAAUUAAUUAAAUUAGUAAAAAAAAAAAAGUGUGAUAGAAAGCAAGCAGUAGAUGCCGGCAUCAUGGAGCACAAACAACAUUUCCCACCAUUUCCCAACUCCAAAUGGAAUUUGUUUUUGAUCUCUUCACCCUCCUGAAUGAGAACAUGAAAUCAGAAGGUCUGCCUGUUUAAUAUUCACCACCAUAGGUGCUGGGAUGGAAGGGAGAGGGAUAGCACCCACUCAUCAUGAUACUUGGAUGGACACUAGCCAUCCAUGGGAUGACUACCAGCAGUCCAGCAAUGCCUAAGGGCCAGGCUGGGCUUUUUGAAAUGGAAUAUUGCUGCUUGGAUGAACAGGAAAGCCCAUCGUGGGCUCUGCACGCUUCUGGCUCUUCCUAGCAAGAUGACAGUGAAGGAAUUUGUCUCCUGCAAUGCCUUGAACUGUCCUCUUGGAAUCACAGUAGCUGUCAGAAUGAGGAGGAAGAAGGAAAAUAUUCCCAAAGUUUUCCACCAGUGCAAGUGAAGGCAAGCUGCAGGAAUUAGUUAGUCAUGGUUUCUGCAACAUCCUCAAUUGCCACUUUUCUCUCUGUCUUGUCUCCUUCAAAACUCCUAGCUCAUUGUGUUUCCACCUUACAUGUGUGGUCAAAACAAUCCAGGCCACUGCCAGAGUCAGUUGGAAAUCGUUUCAGUAUUGAUAGUCCCAAUGGAAGAACUAUCUCCGAAGUUCCAGGGCUAUGCCUCAAAGAGGUCCUUUGUCUAUUCCACUAGUAGAAGGCUUUGCAACACCAAGCAGGGAGAAGUUGGAUCUCCGAGGAGAGCUCACCUGUCUAAUAACCAUUGGUUGUGCGUGCAUGUGUGACUGAAUGACUAAAUGAUUAAUUGUCUGGGUAAGUUUGGGUGAAUGUGUGAAUGCAUUCCUAUUGGAGCUGAUGGAACUUCAAAAGUAAUAGAUUCUUUAUGAAUAAAUCUUUAAACAGAAGAAUCUCAUGUCUGGUGAUGAUCACUAUCUUUUUUUUUUUUUUAGGAUAGGCAAUGGGGUUAAGUGACUUGCCCAGGGUCACACAAGCUAGUAAAUGAUGAUCACUAUCUUCCUUGGUUUUUGCAUGUUGAACAUCUUUGCCUAAUUGGGGGGCAACAAUACUAAAGUGAUGCUCAUUUGCUUUGGGGCCCUCACAACUUGAAAAGUAUAUGGAGAAGAAAUGGAUGUGGAGGAAGAGUCCAAAGAAGGAACGAAGGCCCAGCAACAAGAGAGAAACAGAGGAAGGGGAAAGGAGGGGAGAACUGAGCCCAAGAGGGAAAUCAGGACAGAGGGAAGAACAGGAACUAUUCCUGGACGUUUUGGUCAUAAGAAGCAACCCUGAGACAGAAAAGGAGGUGACUUUUCUCCCUCUGCCUUGUUCCUCUCCCCAUACCUUUAAUAUGAUAUUUCACAUAAAUGUGUGUGUUUGAAUGUAUAUGUGUAGCUCUCUCUCUCUCAUCUAUCAUCUGCCCAGCUGUUUCCAACCCAACACACAUUUAUUAAGCACCUACUUUGUACCAGGGACUCUACUAGGUGCUGGGGUCAUGAAGACAUAUAGUCCCCAUCCCCUUAGGUCUAGAACUGUGCCCCAAACAGACCCUUUCUCUCCUCCAUGCUCUCAUUCUAUUGUUUAUAAGUCUGUUCUUUCAUAUCACCCAUCCAAUCAGCAUAUAAGAGACAGUACAUACAGGAUGUUUCAAAAGUCUUUUGUGCAGUUUUAAGCUUUAAUGGUUUAAAACUGUGCUAACAUUAGGGAAACUCCAUAUAUGUGCCUCCCCCAUACAGUUGUUGGUUUUUCCAUACUUGUUUCCCUCGGUGUCUGUUGGAAACAACAGAUGGAGUUGCCCUAGGACAGGGAUUCUGUGUGUGUGUGUGUGUGUGUGUGUGUGUGUGUGUGUCCGUCUGUCCAUCUGUCUUUCCUUAGCCUGGGAGCUUCCUGAAAGUGAGGACAGCACCCAGAUCACCCAGUCCACAGGUGAACCUGUUGGAAGAUCUUUUCCCUUUCCCCUUAAGCUCCACACUUUUGUUUAGCCACUGAUUAGACCGGGCUUGUGUCCUCUUCUUAUUCAGGUGCUCACAUUCUCCUUCAUUUGGGAACGUUUCCCUUCCAGGAGAAGAAAACGAAGGGGCACAAUUCGGAGGGAUAGGGAGAGAACGGUAGGAAAAAGGUGGGAAGUAGGGAGAGGAAGGGAACUAAGAGGACCCUGGGGCAUGAGGUUUCCAGGCACCCAGAAAAAGGAGGCCCUUCCUAGUCUAAGGCUCUAGGGAGGGGGAGGUUCUAACUCCAUUGUUUGUGACCCAAUAGUACCUGUGGUGAUGAAAUCAAGACAUGCAGGGAUGAGGGAAGUCCUUGUCACUCCCACUCUCUAGUAUGGGACAGGGAACAUGCCUGAAGUACAGUAAGGAGCGUGGGGAGGAAUUCCCCAAGUGGCACAGAAAUAGCUAAAGAAUGGAUAAGCGGGGCAACGGCCUGAAGAUCCCUCUGUGGAAAAAGGAGCCAGGGGAACUCCUGGAUGGAGAGGCGGAAGAGAGUGAUGAUGAAGAAAAGGAGGAUUCAGAUGAGGCAGAGAAAACUUCACAGAAGGAAGGAGAGUACUGGGAAUCUGGGCAAGAGCUUCAGGAUGGCAACGGGAAAGACAAGGGCUCAGUGUCUUACUGCCCACUCCACCAAGAGUCCAGCUUGCCUGAGGUGUCAGACCUGAGGCACUCCGAGAGUGGAUUCUGGACCUGGCUCAGUCCCCUCAUCCUCCUAUCCAACCUGGCUUUCCCCGUGGACAGGAAGAGGAUCCUGCCAGGGGAGGUGUGCCUACUGGAGAAGCAGAGGUCUAAUGAAGGGCCCUGUUCCCGCUGUGAGAUUCUUUUCUGCAGGAAAUGCGAGACUCUGCAUUGUGACCCUCACUAUGUCGAACACUGCAUCCUGGACCACUGGGAGGGUGGAUACAUCCAUUACAAUCGUGUCCACUGGGGCAGCGUCAUGCCCUGUUCCUUCCGUUUUCCUUGACUUUCCUUUUGGACACUUUAGC